CAAAAGCGAGACCCACGCCUUCCGGAAGGGGCAAAACCGUCGGAACCCUAGAUCCCUCGCGCCUCCUCGCCCCCAGCUCCAAAACCCUAGAUCCCGCCAUGCACCACCCGAGGGCCCGGUACCCACCCGGCUACGACUACGGCGGCGCCGGCGGAGGCGGCCGUGGAGGUAACGGCGGCGGUGGAGGUAACGGCGGUGGGGGUGGCGGCGGUGGGGGUGGCGGCGGAAACCAAAACUAUUAUGGUGGCCGAAACCCGCACCCGCAGCACCAUGAUUACCACCACCAGCAGCAGCAGCACGGGCAGAGGAAUUCGUUCCCGCAGCAGCAGCAGUACCAGCAGAGGAAUUCGCUCUCGCAGCAACAGCAACAGCAGCAACAGCAUCAGCAGUGGCUGCGGCGGGACCAGGCCGCGGCCCAGGCAUCAGGAGAGGCCGCGGCAAGGGCAGCGCCGCGGCUCGACGCCGUGGACACGAGCUCUCAAGAUUGGAAGGCACAGUUGAAUAUUCCAGCUCCAGAUACUCGUUUCAGGACAGAGGAUGUUACUGCAACAAAAGGCAACGAGUUUGAAGAUUAUUUUUUGAAGCGCGAACUACUUAUGGGAAUAUAUGAGAAGGGAUUUGAAAGGCCAUCUCCUAUUCAAGAAGAGAGCAUUCCAAUUGCUCUUACUGGAAGUGAUAUUCUUGCAAGAGCGAAAAACGGCACUGGCAAGACUGCUGCAUUUUGCAUUCCAGCACUUGAAAAAAUUGACCCAGAGAAAAAUGCCAUACAAGUUGUUAUAUUGGUACCAACAAGGGAACUAGCCCUGCAGACUUCACAAGUUUGCAAAGAGCUUGGGAAGUACCUGAAUAUUGAAGUUAUGGUGAGUACUGGAGGAACCAGCUUGAAGGAUGACAUUAUGCGUUUGUACCAACCUGUUCAUUUACUUGCUGGGACACCUGGACGGAUACUGGACCUUACCAAGAAGGGGAUUUGUAUGCUGAACGAGUGUUCAAUGCUCAUUAUGGACGAGGCAGACAAGCUGUUGGCUCCUGAGUUUCAGCCUUCCGUGGAACAACUUAUUCGCUACCUUCCAGCUAGUCGGCAACUAUUGCUGUUUUCUGCAACCUUUCCUGUAACUGUCAAGGAUUUCAAGCAGAAAUAUCUGCCUAGGCCUUAUGUUAUUAAUCUGAUGGAUGAACUAACACUGAAAGGAAUUUCACAAUACUAUGCUUUUGUAGAAGAAAGGCAAAAAGUUCAUUGUCUGAACACACUUUUCUCAAAGCUUCAAAUAAACCAGUCUAUUAUAUUCUGCAACUCUGUUAAUAGAGUUGAGCUACUGGCUAAGAAAAUCACUGAGCUUGGCUAUUCGUGCUUCUACAUUCAUGCUAAAAUGUUGCAAGACCAUCGAAACCGAGUGUUUCAUGAUUUUCGCAAUGGUGCUUGCAGAAACCUUGUGUGCACAGAUCUUUUUACCAGAGGAAUUGACAUCCAAGCUGUUAAUGUUGUCAUUAAUUUUGACUUCCCCAAGACUGCUGAAACAUAUUUGCAUAGGGUUGGACGUUCUGGGAGAUUUGGGCACCUCGGUUUGGCAGUGAAUUUAAUCACUUAUGAGGACCGCUUCAACAUGUAUAGGAUUGAGCAAGAACUUGGCACAGAAAUAAAAACAAUACCUCCACAGAUUGACCUGGCAGAAUAUUGCCAAUGAUCAGUUUAACAGUAUUAGAAGCACAUCUUUUAUGAAAACAUCAUUAGAUUGCAGAUUGUGCUGUUCUGGAUAAGAAGGGAUGCCCCCUUUUCAUACACAGGGUUUAUUUUCGUGCCUUGGUGAUGCAUCCAAGCUUCUACUUCUAUCAGUGGAGAAGCGUUCUCUGCUGGCACGGGUGCUAAUCAUUUUAACUGUGGAGAUGCACAUUCGGCUGCUUGGAGAUUGCGAAGUGGGGUCAACCCAAACAUUAUUUCUUGCUGCAUGCAUCUGCUCAAGAUUGCCUAUACAUUUAUUUUCUUGUUCAAAUUCUGGUUGUGUUGGGAUUCUGUUGCUUGAGUUUGUAUCAUCAUAUUGCGGCUCUUUUCUUGCUUUCCUUUACUUUCCUUUUCUGUUUGUACUAGGAGUAUAUCUUUUUAACUUGUUUCCCUUUUAUCAGUUUCUUAUGUUCUUGGUGUAGACGAUAACCUGAGUAUUUUCCUUGUAUUCAGAAUAACCUUGUUUAUCU